AGAAAAACACUAAACUGAUUUCUGUCACCGCUCCAGCGAGGCUGGUUUGAGUUUGCAAGGGGAAAAAAAGAAAAAGACGACGCAGAAGGUUUACGCACCGACGCCGGACAAAGUUUCACACAGGACAGAAGCGCCUUUACGCACGGAAACAGGUUGAUGCUGGGAAGCGGACCGGCUCGGAGGAAAUGAUCGCUUUAGCACAGUUUGGGGUGCUGUCUGCCCUGGCCGCGGCGCUCACCUCGGUACUGUCCGCGAUCUUGCUGCUGGCGCUGACCCGACAGCUGUGGAGCCUCCGCUGGAGUCUGACCCGGGACAAAGAGAGCAGCCUGCCGCUGCCGAAGGGCUCCAUGGGGUGGCCGCUGGUCGGAGAGACUUUCCACUGGUUGUUCCAGGGUUCCAACUUUCACAUCUCACGCCGAGAACGUCAUGGCAACGUGUUUAAGACCCACCUCCUUGGGAAGCCCGUCAUCCGGGUGACAGGAGCUGAAAACAUCCGCAAGAUUCUGCUGGGGGAGCACAGCCUGGUGUGCACCCAGUGGCCCCAGAGCACACGCAUCAUCCUGGGGCCCAACACCCUGGUCAACUCCAUCGGAGACCUGCACAAGAAGAAAAGAAAAAUCCUGGCUAAAGUGUUUAGCCGGGGGGCUCUGGAGUGCUACCUUCCCCGGCUGCAGGACGUUGUCAAGUCUGAAAUUGCCAAGUGGUGCUCGGAGCCAGGCGCCAUCGACGUUUACAGUGCUACCAAGUCCCUAACGUUUCGCAUUGCCAUCAGGGUCCUGCUGGGUCUGCAGCUGGACGAGGAGCGUUUACUUCACCUGGCUCAGGCCUUCGAGCAGCUGAUGAACAACCUCUUCUCGCUCCCCAUAGAUAUUCCACUCAGUGGACUUCGCAAGGGAAUAAAAGCUAGAAAAGCCUUGCACGCCAGCAUGGAGAAAUUAAUUGAGGAAAAGCUGGAGCGGCAGCAGGUGGAGGAGGGCUAUCACGAUGCCUUUGACUACAUUCUGUCCAGUGCCAAGGAGCACGGCCAGCAGCUCAGCAUCCAGGAGCUCAAGGAAACAGCAGUAGAGCUGAUCUUCGCCGCUCACUCCACCACUGCCAGCGCUUCCACAUCACUGGUUCUGCAGCUUCUUUGCCAUCCGGCGGUGGUGGAAAGGGCCAGAGUGGAGCUGGAGGCAGAGGGCAUCGGCUACAAAUCCCACAGCAGUCUCAGCCCAUCUGGUGUCCCCAUGGAGAAGGAGGAGGACACAGAGACUACCUGCCUGUUGAAUGGAGGGUGUCACAACCCCACCGACGAGGAUGGGUUUCCACGGUCCCAGUCUCAUGUACCGUACCUGAGCCUGGACAAGCUGACCCAGCUCUGCUACAUCGACCGUGUGAUCAAAGAGGUGCUCCGUUUCCUGCCGCCGGUCUCCGGUGGCUACCGGACAGCCCUGCAGACAUUCGAAUUAGAUGGCUACCAGAUCCCCAAAGGCUGGAGUGUAAUGUACAGCAUCCGGGACACCCAUGAGACUGCAGCAGUCUUCAAGAGUCCAGAGCUGUUUGACCCGGACCGCUUUGGCCCGGAGCGGGAUGAGAGCCACUCAGCUCGGUUCAGCUACGUGCCGUUUGGUGGCGGCGUGCGCAGUUGUGUGGGGAAAGAACUGGCACAGAUCAUCCUGAAGACUCUCGCUGUGGAGCUGAUUGGGACCUGCAAAUGGACUCUGGCCACAGAGAACUUUCCCAAGAUGCAGACAGUGCCGAUAGUGCAUCCGGUCAACGGGCUGCAUGUGCAUUUCACCUACAGACACCCCUUUUAGAUACAAAUACAGACUGACAGACAUAAAGAAAACUUACCAAGGAGGCAGAUUAACCCUCAGUCAGCUUCUGGAAAAACUCUAGAUACAAGCACUGUGCUGGUCCUGAUGGUGCAGUUCAGUCCCCCUCUCAUUUCCAUAGACAUGAAGACAUGGUUUACAUCGUUAAUCCGGAGCACGUCGCCUCUUCAGUGUUCUGGUCCGAACCUAAAACCACUUUCUCUUGUAGCCAAGUCCAUUUCUAACCAUCUUGUAUGCUGACCUUGUUGUUUAACUAGUGCUCACUCCUUUACAUGCAUUUUAAAGUUAGUAAUGAAUCGAGUAUACAUCGUGAGAAAAGCCAAGUCUGCAGCUCAUUUUCAAGCUGAAGAUCUGGGUUUGCUCUGCUGAAUGGACUGAAUGUAAACUUCAACAAGUUUCAAAUCAGAUCUUAGUGUCAGUGGAUUAGGGAGAAUCAACCUACUCACAUUCAGCUACAUGGUACUGGGCUGCCUUUCUAUAGUCUGAGCAUGGAUCAGUGAAUGAGCUCAUGUCUGACCUCUGACCUGCAUACAGUAAGUGCCUAGUGCACAGACCUCAGGUGCAGUUUACUUACCUAAAACAUUCAAACCAUUUAGUUGAUACACUUGAUAAAAUCCACUCAGCUUUGGUGCUUUUAUUCUUGUACCUGUGUCUCAGCAGGUUUUAUAUCAGUGUGUAAGGACAUAUGCAUUGCUCUGCAUGUUCACGCUGCUGUUGGAGGAAGUCACGAGCAUCCAUUUCACUUCACUUCACUUGCAUGUGGAAAAAUUUGAACACUCACAGACAGCCUUCUGGAAAACGGCAGCUUAUAAAAAUCUUCCCAGUCCAGAGGCAGAGAUGCAGGGAACUCACCUCCAGUCAUAUGAUCUACAGACCUGGGUUGGAGACUUAAACCAGUCCUGCGCUUGUGGGUUCUUCAGUGGUUUGGGUUUCCAGCUCUCGGCCUGGCUUUGCCUCUCUGGACUGCCACACGGUGCCUGCCUGUAGAUCCACAAAAGGAAAUGCAGUGACACCCAUGCUGGAGUGAGGAGAGACUGGACAUCUCAGUCUCUCCACCACAAAAACUCAUACUGAUGGACCAGUACUUGAUUUUGACACACACCCCACAACCAGGACCCACCCAAACACUGAGGUCAAAAUACAUUCAAAGUAUUCUUGUUCUAUAUGAAUGUGCUAUACACCUCUAACAUUGCUAUUAUGUAUGAAAUGAAGUAGCAUUAUGAAUAAGCUGUUAAGAAGCAGAUGUAUCAUUUCUGUACUUUUAUGCCAACUGUAACAAUAUCUGCUGUAAUUAUGAACAGAGACACUAACCUGUCCAUAAACUCUCGUCUCACUCCUAUAAGAUAAGAGGAUCAGAGCAGCAUAUGCUGAGAGUAAACAGAUUAAUGUUAUUACUGGUGUAGUUCUAGGUCUGUUUGUGUAUUUGUGUUGAAGCCUGUGGAAUCUGUUCAGAUGGCUUCGUAGAAGGAGAUUGCACUUUCUCUGCAUUAAGGAGUCUGUAUAUAUCUGUGAUGUUUAUGCAUUCCCUGAGUGUAUCGGAUGUAGCUACUGUACAGCUGAUGUAAAGAGUAAGUUAGAAGACGCUAAAACAAAAGCUGGAGUUUCCUGCAUUUGUCAUGUCUUCAGUGUUUUUCCUAAUUAAAAA